AUGCUUAAAUUGAAGAUUCCCACGUACAACACAAUAUUACAACCUUUGGGGAAACGAAAAUUCUGGACAAGCUUCCUGAAUAUUCCAGGUUCAGAGAGAUGGGAUUUAACUUCAAAUGAGCUGCCAAGAAAGCAGAGGCGCUUCGAAUCUAAUAAUAACGGAGGUAAAGGAGGUAGCGCCGCAAAACCAGCCGAAGUAUCUGUGGGUAGUGGUAAUAGUGCAACUUAUGUGGAGGAUAUGUAUAAUGCGUGGAAGCGUGAUCCCGGUAGCGUUCAUGCCUCUUGGAAUGCUUUUUUCGUUUCCGGUGCUUAUGAAUGUGUACCUCCCGAACAUACUUCGCAACGUAAUUUGGUACCGUUAUCUCAUUUGUGCGGCCACAAUCCCCGAUCGGAAAUUAUCGAAGGCCAUCUAAAUACUCAAAGCGUGAUUCGUAGCUAUCAAACGCGUGGUUUUUUAACCGCAGAUUUGGACCCUUUGGGUAUUACUCAGUCCAAAAAAAUUACCACACCCUGUGGUAUGGAAUUAAGGGCCACUGAAGCCGUUUUAAUGAUGGUCAGCAAUUUUGUUAAAGAUGGAAAAUAUAUGGACUGUAGUUUUAAACUGCCCGCAACUACUUACAUUGGUGGUAAAGAGCAAGAGCUUACCCUACGAGAAAUUUUGAAACGCCUGGAAAAAAUUUACUGCGGCACUAUGGGCAUCGAGUAUAUGUACAUUUACAGUGAUGGGAAACGUGAUUGGAUUCGACAACGGCUUGAAAAACCAGGUUGCAUGGAAAUAAGUAAAGAGAAAAAAUUAUUAAUUUUCAAGCGCUUGUUACGAGCGACACGAUUUGAAGCGUUUUUAGCGAGGAAGUGGGCUGCUGAAAAGCGUUUCGGCUUGGAAGGAUGCGAUGUAAUGAUACCGUGCCUUAAGGAAAUCAUUGAUGUAUCAUCGAAUUUAGGUGUAGAGUCUUUUGUAAUUGGCUUGGCUCAUAGGGGCCGGUUGAAUACCUUGGCCAAUGUCUGUCGUAAGCCAUUGGACCAAAUUUUAGCACAAUUUCAUAGCCUAGAUGCUCAAGAUCUGGGUUCCGGCGAUGUUAAAUAUCAUUUGGGCACUUUUACUGAACGUUUGAAUAGAGUUACUAAUAAGAAUGUGCGCUUGUGCUUGGUCGCUAAUCCAUCGCAUUUGGAAUCUGUUAAUCCGGUCGCUCAGGGUAAGGCACGUUCAGAGCAAUUCUAUCGCGGUGAUCUUGAAGGCCGUAAGGCUAUGUGCAUCCUCAUACAUGGCGAUGCAUCCUUCUCCGGACAAGGUAUUGUUUACGAAUCAAUGCAUUUGUCCGAUUUGCCCAGUUAUACCGUUCAUGGCAUCGUCCAUAUUGUGAUUAAUAAUCAAAUUGGUUUCACAACCGAUCCUCGUUUCUCACGCUCGUCACCAAAUUGCACGGAUGUCGCUCGUGUUGUGAAUGCUCCCAUAUUUCAUGUAAACGCUGACGAUCCCGAAGCGUCGGUACAUCUUAGCAAAAUUUGUGCUGAAUGGAGAGCCGCAUGGCGACAGGAUGUUGUCCUCGAUUUAGUAGGCUAUCGUCGCAACGGUCACAAUGAAGCUGAUGAGCCUAUGUUUACGCAGCCGCUGAUGUACACGAAAAUACGUGCACACAAGCCGGUCUUCGACUUGUAUUGCGAAAAAUUGCUUGAUGAAAAGGUGAUCACAAAGGAAUUGCUUAAGCAAUCUAUUGAUGAGUACGAUGCGAUAUUGGAGCAAGGUUUCGAAGAUGCCAAAAAGAUUACAACAAUUAAAUACAGUGAUUGGUUAGAUUCGCCGUGGACUGGCUUCUUUCAAUCUCGUGAUAACUCAAAAGUGCCAUGCACCGGUGUAGAUGAGAAAAUCUUGUGUCACAUCGGUUAUAAGUUUUCAUCACCGCCGCCACCUGAACAAAAUUUUAUAUUACAUAAAGGUAUUGAACGUAUUUUGGCUGCUCGUAAACAAUUGGUGGACGAUCGUACAGCCGAUUGGGCUUUAGGAGAAGCUUUGGCAAUGGGGAGCCUUUUAAGGGAAGGCGUGCACGUACGUCUCUCAGGUGAAGACGUUGAACGUGGCACUUUUUCGCACCGCCAUCAUGUUUUGCAUCAUCAGACUCUCGAUAAGGUCACUUACUGUGCCAUGAAGUGUUUAUAUCCUGAUCAGGCGAUCUAUUCAGUUUGUAACAGCAGUUUGAGCGAAAUGGGAAUUUUGGGCUUUGAGCAUGGAUACUCGAUGACAAAUCCGAAUGCUCUAGUUAUAUGGGAAUCGCAAUUUGGCGACUUUUACAAUACCGCUCAGUCCAUAGUCGAUGCGUUUAUAUCAUCCGGCGAAAUGAAAUGGGUUCGUCAAUCAGGUUUAGUAAUAAUGAUGCCGCACGGCCUGGAAGGUCAAGGACCGGAACAUUCAUCAGGCCGUGUCGAACGUUUUCUUCAAAUGUCCGACGAUGAUCCAGACACUUUACCUGAAGUAGAUUGUGACGACGAUAAUGUACCUCUGAGGCAAUUACGAACGAUUAAUUGGAUUGUUGCCAAUUGUACUACACCGGCCAAUUGGUUUCAUAUAAUGCGUCGUCAAGUGGCUUUACCAUUUCGUAAACCUUUGGUAUUACUAACGCCCAAGACAGGUUUACGUCAUCCGUUGGCUCGUAGCAAUUUCUGUGACAUGAUAGAGGGUACCGAAUUUCAACGUAUCAUACCGGACUAUGGGCCUGCUAGUCAAAGCCCUGAUGAUGUUUGUAAAUUGGUUUUCUGCUCAGGAAAAGUUUACUUUGAUUUGUUUAAAGCACGUGCCGAGAGACGACAGGAAUGUAAAGUAGCACUUGUACGCGUUGAACAGAUAUGUCCAUUCCCUUACGAUUUGGUUAGAGAACAAAUUUUGUUCUAUAGAGAAUCCGAAUUGAUAUGGGCACAAGAGGAGCACAAAAAUCAAGGUGCUUGGUAUUAUGUGCACCCACGAUUUAAAACAGCUAUGACACCAGAUUAUGAUGAGGGAUUUAUUAUAAACUAUGUUGGACGUCCUUGUGCAGCAGCUCCUGCCACAGGCAAUAAAAAUCAAUUUGAUCGAGAACUGCACAAUCUAAUUACCGAUAUAUUUGGUGAACUUACCGAAGAAGAUAGAGAAUUUAUUAAGGCGACAGAAGAAGCAGCUAGAGCUAAGGCUCAAGAAGCUGCUAAAUCGGAUGCCGCUAAAGCUAAGGCUCAAGAAGCUGCUAAAGCGGUAACGGCUAAAGCUAAGACUCAAGAGGCUGGUAAGGCGAAUGCCGCUGAGGCUAAGGCUGAAGAAGCUGUUAAAGCGGAUGUCGCUAAGGAGAAUCCUGAAGAUGUUUCAAAAGCAGAUGCAGCUAAAAUUAAACCUCAAGAAGCUUCGCCAAAACCACCAAAUGAAGGCAUUCCGCCAAGUGCGCCACCAGUCGGCAGUCCUCCAAUGAAAACCCCUACUCCGCCAGGAAUUAGUACGCCACCUGGCGGCGGAAAGUCAAAUGAUGGCACUGUCUUAAAACCUGAUCCCUCUGCACCCAAUGGUAUCCCGCCGAAAACCGACGACAGCUCUCCAUCUAAACCUGAUCCCUCUUAUUAUAAAUUUUUAACAAACAGUCUGAAGCGGGCUGCAGCAGAUAUUAUAUAUAAUACAUUUGAAAAGCUGUGGAGAGCCGAUUGGGAGUUGCAGAAAGUAUUUGUGGAUUUGUGGUUUGUGUCUUACAGCAGUGCAAAGGUGUAUUUUGACAACCCCGUAUUUUCUAUUUUCUCUGCUUCUGGCAACAUUGCUUUACAUAAUCAUAUGUUUAUUUAA